AACCAAUUUAAUUGCUUCCUAACAGAAAGACAAAAAACUCUCCCAAGUUUGGUAACAACUUAUUCCUACCUUCUCUUCCUAAAUAUUAUAACAUGCCCAAUCCUCCUAAGUCAUCAUCCCCUUCCAUUACUCUUUUUUCUCCCACUAAAACACAUCUAAACUCUAUUGAUGAUCAUCGAGAACUUUAUAAAUGGCCGACUUUUUCCGAGGCCAUUCAAGAGAUGAUAGCUAUAGGGAAGAUAUCAGGGCCAACAACACUAACAGGACUAUUUCUCUAUUCAAGAGCCAUGAUCUCUAUGCUCUUCCUCGGCUACCUCGGCCAGCUCGAGUUAGCCGGAGGUUCGCUCUCUAUUGGGUUUGCCAACAUAACCGGCUACUCAAUCCUAUCAGGACUAGCCAUGGGAAUGGAACCCAUUUGUGGCCAAGCUUAUGGAGCAAAAGAAAUGAAACUUCUUGGUUUAACUUUACAAAAAACAAUCCUCCUCCUUAUAUCUACUUCAAUACCCAUCUCAUUUAUGUGGGUUAAUAUGAAAAAAAUUCUCUUAUGGUGUGGUCAAGAUCAACAAAUUUCUUCAAUUGCUCAUACAUUCAUUCUUUUCUCAAUUCCUGAUCUUUUCUUUCUUUCUCUUCUUCACCCUUUAAGAAUCUAUUUAAGGACACAAAAUGUCACAUUACCCUUAACAUAUUGUACAUUAAUCUCUGUUCUUAUUCAUAUUCCUUUAAAUUUUCUUCUAGUUGUUCAUCUUAAAAUGGGUAUUUCAGGGAUUGCAAUAGCCAUGAUUUGGACUAAUCUAAAUCUUUGUAUCUUACUUUCUUCUUUUAUAUACAUUUCUCAAGUGUAUAAAGAUUCAUGGGUAAUCCCAAGUAUGGAUUGUCUUAAAGGAUGGUCUUCACUUCUUGCACUAGCCGUGCCAACUUGUGUUUCUGUCUGCCUCGAAUGGUGGUGGUACGAGUUUAUGAUCAUGCUUUGUGGGCUAUUACCCAACCCGAAAGCCACAAUCGCGUCAAUGGGCAUACUCAUCCAAGCAACUUCAUUAAUUUAUGUAUUCCCCUCGGCGUUAAGCCUUGGAGUCUCGACCCGUGUAGGGAACAAGCUUGGUGCACACGGGCCUAGAAAGGCCCGUGUGGCAAUGAUCAUAUCAUUAGGCAUAUCAGCUAUGCUUGGUGUUAGUGCUACGAUUUUAACCACUUUAAUGAGAGAUCAAUGGGGUAGAUAUUUCACUAAUGAUAAGGAAAUCCUUCAUCUUACUUCACUAGCAUUGCCGAUUGUAGGCCUAUGCGAGCUUGGGAACUGUCCGCAAACAACAGGUUGCGGCGUUCUUCGAGGGAGCGCACGGCCUACAAUCGGAGCAAACAUCAAUUUGGGGUCAUUUUAUUUGGUUGGAAUGCCGGUUGCAAUCUUUUUCGGGUUCGUAUUGAAGAUGGGUUUUGUUGGGCUGUGGGUGGGGUUACUGGCUGCUCAAUGGUGUUGUGCAGUGCUAAUGAUUUAUGUUUUAUGUACAACAGACUGGAUUAGUGAAGCAGAAAGAGCAGUAAAUUUGACAAGAUCCUCACCAUCUUUUUGUGCACAGAAUAAUCAUCCAUUGUUACCAGUUUCAGCAUCUUCAGUUGAUAAAUUCAACAAGAUCAAAAUACCCAUUAAUAAUAAUCAAACUGUUUACAUUAAUAAAGAGAUACAAUUGGGCUUGUCAUCAGAAGCAGCAGCAGAAGAUCAAGAUGAUGUUUUAACGGAAACAGUUGCUCUCAUAAUCAACUCUUAUAAAUUAAACAAUCAUGUAUAAUAAAAGAAAUUGUCAAUAAUAAAUCAAUACUUUUUUAUCGAUUGAAAA